CCAUUUCCCACUUUCAGAAUCAGCCUCCUUCCGCAUGGCUUGGGCCCAGCGACUCUCCUCUCCUCAAGGGCUCUCCCCUCCCUUCAACUCAAUUUCUCUUAGCCCAGCCCCCCUUCCAGACUUCGCCGCUGGAACAAUUCCCAGCAAUGUUCAAGCGCCCUUGCUUGACCAGCACCAACACUCGCGCUCCGGCUCCAGAUUAGGGUUUGCGCGACGACCAAGAGCACGCACGUGUGAAUAUUUGAAACUCGGAUGGAAGCAAGGAUGAGCGCAGCGCUCUGCUGACAUACCUAAUUUUGACACCGAAACCCUAAUUCCUGCAGCACAGUCAUGCCGAUCGGAGCAGCUGUCGCUGUUGAGCCUCGCGGCUCGGUAGGCGGAUCCCGCGGAGAUUCCCAUGCGCACGCGCACGCGCACGUCCACGUGCCGCGCGCCGAUUCGCGGCUGCUGAGCCACGUGCCCUUCGAAGCGACAGAUGACCUGGACCUGGCCCUGCAAUCGCUCCACGCGCGUAUCAAGCCGCUCCUUGCGUCGGAUAGCGAAGGCGAAGUGCACAGUCAGCUGCAGGAAAUGGUCUCGGAAGGCGCGCAGCAGCACGCUGACGUGGUCAACGGCCUCCUCUACGCAAUCCUCACCGUGUCGCACCAACCAGGUUCGCCGCCUUCGCCGCCGUCGCACGCGUCGACGGCCGCGGCGGUGCGGCUGUUCGGGAUCCUGUGCUCCGUGACGCGCGACCACCACGCGUCGCUUCUAGUGACCCUGCAGCGAUUAACGACGGAGAAGUGGGGCAAGCUCCAGGAGCACGUGCGCGCGCAGAUUAUCUGGGUCCUCCGACAGUUAGUUCAUCUAGCCGUUCAGGAAGCAGAGGCGCUUUUUCUCUGCCUCUUCCGUCAGGUUUCCGGCGGCGAUCUUAGCGUCGGGAACGUGUGGCUAGCUCGGCAGUUACUCGACGUCCUUCGCGCCAACACGCAGUGGCUGUACACUCUCCCGAAUCUCCUCGCCCUCUCGCUUUACACGUUCCUUAGGCUUCUCCCAGACCACGCGGCUAGUAAGGCUCCGACCGUCGUAGAGCUGAAGCAGCAGGAGAUCGCGUUUUGCACACAGACGCUUAGAGAGCGAUUUCAGGACUGCUUAGUGAUUGGUCGCGACUUAGUGCGACUGCUGCAGGAUGUAGCGUUGAUUCCGGAAUUCGAGCCGAUUUGGCGGGAUUUGGUGCAUAGUCCCGAGUCGAUGGGCGCGCCUGGGUUUUCCGAUUUAGCUCAGCUGUACGUCUUGCGAACGCCCACGCGUUUCAUCACGUCCCGAGUGACGCCCGAAAUGGAGUCGCAGCUUCGCUUUCUUCUCGCACACGUUCGCAUGGGCCACCAGCGGCGUUACCAGACGUGGUUUGCCACCCGGUUUCUCGCCGCCCCCGAGAGCGAAUCCCUCGUGGCGGAUUUGGUUCGCUUCGUCUGCUGCUCGGUGCAUCCGACGAAUCAGGUCCUGCAAUCUGACGUGGUGCCACGCUGGGCGAUCGUCGGCUGGCUUCUCAAAUGCUGCAGAAGCUGCCACAUGGAGGCGAAUGCCAAGCUGGCGCUCUUCUACGAUUGGCUCUUUUUCAUGCCAAAGACUGACAACAUCAUGAACAUCGAACCCGCGAUACUGUGCAUGGUCCAUUCCCUUCCCAAAUACGCCAUUAUGACCAACUCCCUCCUAGAAUUUCUCUUCCUCCUCCUAGACCACUAUGACGCGGCGCAUAGGGACCUCGUCCUCCGCGGAAUAUCCGCCUCGAUCGAUAUUUUGGUCGGCAAGGGAGUCGUUCCAAGUCUCGAGCCGCUAGCCACGAGCGGGUUCAUUCCUACGAAGCUUCGCGAGCGUCUCCAGGCGCUUUUUCCCGCGCAUUGCCGGCUCGACGCAUCCCCUCACCGCUUCUACCCGCCCUCGCCCCUGCAUGAUCCUCACAACGCGGAACGAGCUGGGGCGGCGGCAAUUCCCGGGAUAGGGGGAGGGGGGAGAGGGGGGCAAGCGCGGGGGGGCGGGAGUUUGGUGAAGUCCCCAAGCCCUUCUCCGCCGCAUUUGGCAGCGGAGCGGGACAGCAUGGGGAAUAUCGUUGGCAGCGGAGCGGGGAUAAGGGCGGCGGAGGAGCAACGGGGAUUAGGGGGGCGGGAAAUGCAGGUGGCGGAAAUCGGAGGAGUAGGCGCGGGUGCUGGCGCAAGCGGUUCUGUGGGCGAUUCUGCUGCCGCCGCCGCGGGGGGGGGCGCGGUUGGCUUAAAUGGCUCGGUUGCUGCCGCGAGGACGGGGGAAGACGUGGAAAUGGGGGAAGCUAGCGCUUCAGGGGAAGACCAGGCUGGCGGAAAAGGUUCUGGCGGAGUGGGGAAACGGGGGAAGACCGCGGAGGGCGAAGGUAUGGAACCAGGAGAGUGCGGCGGAGGGGAUAGUGAGGUGGCGGGAGGAGAGAUUGAGAAGAAGGAGCAGAGCGAGGAAAGGGAGGGCGUAGACGAGGAAGUUAAAGCCAUUGAGGGUAUGGUAAAGGGUAUGGAAGAAGCGGUGGAGGCUGGGGAGGGGGCGAAGGUCAUUAGAGGGCUAAAGGCGUUGUUGAUGGCGUUAAGAGGAGAGAACGCGGGGAGAGAGGGUGGGGGGCGGAAGGCGCAGGGGGGCGGUGAAAGGCAGGCGCACGUGAACGCACAGCGGAAGGCUCAGGGGCAAGAGGAAGCCGGGGAGGAGGGGGGAAAACAGGGCAAGAGGGGCAAGGGGCGACCCAUGGUUGAGGAGGAGCAGGAUGAAGAAGAGGCGGGGAUGGAUGAGGAUCGAUCAGACAGGAGCGCUGACUCGGAUGUGACUGCAGAAAGAGGGGCUACAGAGGGGGAGACAGCAACGGACGUGGCAAUAGAGGGGAACCAUCUAUGCGGGGAAGGCAGGAAAGAGGCGGGAGCAGCAGCAGCAGCGGCAGCAGCAGAAGCAGCAGCAGGAACAGCAGCCGGGGGAGGAGCCGACGGAGCAGCAGAAGUGGUCAAGAACGACAGCAGCAGCAGCAGCAGCAACCGGCGGGGAGUCAAGGGAGUUAGGUCGAAGAGAGCACGCAUAGCGGCGCCCCCAGAUAAAGCAGCAGGCGUACCAACAGCCAUAGCAACAGGCUCACCUACAGGAUCAGCGGCAGAACCUGUAGGUGAACCUGUAGAUCAACAGGAUCACCUGCCCGCAGCAUCACCAGCGGCAAAUUCGCCCCCUUUAGGCCGUAGUUCAGAGGGAUUGAAUAGCGGCAAUGGCACGCUAGACAUUGCAGUAGCAGGAGAUAGGCUAGCGACCGCUUUCACAGCAAAUCUAGUAAAGGCUUCCGAAGCUGCCCGCUUAGUCAGACCAGGCAAAUUUAGGUCUCCUGGGUUCAGGGCACGGGGAGUUGGUAGGAAGGGGUGGGCGCUGAUUGCCGAUAGGGUUUCGCAGAGCCUCUCGAAAGUAGGGCUUCCUCUAUUUCCGCCCUUCGCCUCCCUGUCUCCUCGUAGGUUGGACCAGCUGCUGCUGCUGCUGCCUCGAUCUCCGGCCACCUUGGGAUCUCCAGAAGGUACUCCUAGGGACGGUGGUACUGAGGGGGACGGUGCUUCUGGGAAUGGUGCUUCUGGGAACGGUGCAUCUGCUGGUGCAGCUGUUGUGAAGGUGGGGAUCGGAACGUCAUGCCCGUUUGAAGGCGCCGCGUUAUCAAGCUGGACCUCGACGCUGAUGGUUCUGUACGAGUAUGUCUUGCAGAGUGAGCGGCUGCGGGAAUGGAGGGGGGGCGAAAAGGGCCAGGGGGGCGAAAAGGGCCAGGGGAGCGAAAAGGGCCAGGGGAGCGAAAAGGGCCAGGGGAGCGAAAAGGGGAUGGAAGAUGGAGAGGGCGAGCAGGAAGGUGAGGGGACUGACAAGGGAAAGGGAAAUGGUGAGGGGGGGACUUGAACGCGCUGUUGCCAGUAGAGGAGCUGCUUAUAGCGUGGCAUGACAUGGGCAAGCCGGUUACUGCUUGGUUGCUUUGUGUGGGCGCAGCAGCAGCAGAGAAAGAGCAGCUCUGUGCAGCAGACGCACUAGCAGCAGCAGCCGGGGCUGCUGGUGAACGUACUCCAUCUGGUCCGGAGGCUGCUUCCGAACGCGCUGCUUCCGCUGAUGCGCCUUCAAGCAGAGAUACCCAGAAUGCUGAGUCCCCUGGCGAGACUAGAGGGGGGGACGGUAGAGAGGAGGGUGGGGGGAAAGACGCGGGCUCUGGGGAUGGAGGCGGGGGGGCGGAAGCAGAGGUGGUGUUUGGUUUGUAUGAGCGGCUGGCUGUGCUGUGCUGGGAAAGGGAUGAC